AUGUUGGCGUUCCUUCUUGCAACCGCUCUCGCCGUGGUUGCUACUCUACUUCCACAGACUUGGAUCUUGCGGGAUGCGCAGCUCUACACUGUUCGCGCCAAUUGCUCAAACGAACCAUGGCACGGACGGCACCUCGUAAACCUGCCCUCCACCAACCGCCUAGGACUCGAGAACUUCACCGUGAAUCCUGAAACGCCACCACUCAAAUUUCUUCUCGUACGCCUUCGAGACGACGACAACAAGUACGCUCUACGUGGAGACGGUAUUGGCGACGAUCUCUCCAGAACGCCUUAUCUUACAGCACUCACCAACAAUGCGACUCGUACGGUUAGUCUGAAGAUCGUAUACCUUCCUACCCCGUUGCGCGAGUCUUUCGAGACACAGACCAACGCCUGUCCUGAGGGCUACGAUUGCACUGCGGACCAAUGGACGUUUGGUGAACUCCAUCCUGGAGACCCUGGAGGUAGUCAGAUCUAUCACAACUUCAGGUUUGGAGGCUUCAAGGGGAAGUGGGAGCCCAUCAAGGACGCCGGGGGGGAGGGUUGGCACGUGUACUGGAAGGGCAACGCUGGGGUUGACCACCCAGUGCAGUUCGACCUGGUGCCCGUAAUCUAG